GGCGAAGGAGUUUAUGAGGAAGAUUCCUAGCAGCUCGCUGUACGUGUCCCGUCCCACGUGGUGGCUGGAGUCGCGCUUCCACUUCAGCUUCGCGGAGUAUUUCAACCCGGCCAAUCAGGAGUUCGGCGUGCUGCGCGUCCUCAACGACGACCUCGUCCAGCCCAACGCCGGGUUUGGGACACAUCCGCACCGCGACAUGGAGAUCAUCACGUAUGCCGUGGACGGGCAGCUCACGCACAAGGACAGCAUGGGGACAGCGGAGACGUUGGGGCGUGGGUGCGUGCAGUACAUGAGUGCGGGCACUGGCGUCACGCACUCCGAGAUGAACAACUCCGGCCAGCUGCAACGGUUCAUUCAGAUCUGGGUGAAGCCGAAUGCAAGGGGUCUUAAGCCCAACUAUGGCUCGCGCACCUUCAGCAAGGGCGAUCGUCACAACAAGCUACAGCAAGUGGUGACCAGCUAUGACCGCUAUGGUUCCAAUAAGGAUGCAGGAUCGGGAAUCAUUCCCGUGAAUCAAGACGUCAACAUCUUCGUGUCGGAGAUGGAUGGCUCGCUGCCUGGUGCUGCUGCGAGGAGCUUGGAGUACACACUGCAGACGGGGCGGCAGAUGUACCUGCUGUGCAUUGAGGGCGGCCUCACUGUGACUUCCAAAGAGAGUGGCAUCAAGGAGAUGCUUGAUGCCCGCGAUGCUCUGGAGGUAUGCGCUUCACCCACGUCCUUCAUCCCCACUUCUAUUCCAUUCAAAAAUAACGCAUUUUCAACCGCCAAUUGCCGUGUUGCAGGUUGCUGCGCCCAGCAAAAGUGA